CACCCCUAACACCGUUGCGACAGUUUUGCCUUGACCCAGCGCGACAUCCUCAAUGGCAGCUAUGCGUCGCAGUGACUGAAAGAUGACCCCGCGAAACCAGAUAUUCCCCCAGUAGCACCAUGGCCAACCUCGUCCGGCCUCCAAUGCGGUCGUCGACUGAACGUCUCGUGCAGACCAAGCUCAACUUCGCGCCUGUCGCGCCUGACGACAUCAACCGCAGCAACCCCCACAACACCACCGUCUCGACGCGCCGUUCUAGCAAAAGCGGCCCGCUGCUCGUCCUCGGCGACGAUGAGAAGACGGUGAAGCAAAUAGCAGUAUCGCCAGCGCGUCCAGCACCGCCGCCCCGCACCAACUCAAGGAAGCGGUCCUCUGCAGCGCUGGAUGACGCGCCUGACACGAGACCACCCACCAAAGUCGUGCACCGUGAGCCACACGGCGAAUUGGUGCGCAUAACGAAUGGCGUGCAGACACUGCUAGACAUUGACGCCGACGAUGUGCCUUCUGGGCGCUCUACACCCCGGCCAGGCAGCGCAGGGAAGCUUGCUGUGCCUGCGCCCACAGCGGACCCCAAGUCGAAGGACAGGAGGAGCUUAAGGAGCUCAGACGGUAGCUCGCGACUAAAGAGUGACCUUGCCGUGUACUUCUCCAGCUACGACGACAUCAUCGCAGACUUGCCGAAGCCAUCUGAGUUCCUCGACAUCGACACGCCCAUAUAUAUUGUCGAUGAGCCCUCCAAAUCGAAGACACCUGCGCCUGCUUCACCCGAACCGCUCCGCCAGUCUGCCAGUCCUACGCGGACACGCAAACCGAGAGCUACUACACCUGCACGCGAACUUUCGAACCACGCGAUACCCUCAACACAAUCAUCCACUACCUUCCAAGUACUGGACUACAGCAGCAUAUCAAAGCACAUUCGGAGCGAUGGCGAGGAAGAUCCCCUGGCCGAUUCUCACUUCUUCGCUCAACAUCGCCGUGCUGAGCGGAAAGAGAAGCAGCUGCGCAACAUCGAGAAGGAGCGCGCUAUGCACGAAAAGCAGCAGCUGGAGCGACUUCUCGACGGCUUACAAGGGCCUGAUUGGCUGAGGGUCAUGGGCAUAACAGGCGUCACGGCUGGCGAGACGAGAGACUGGGAGUCGAAACGAGACUACUUCAUCAAAGAGGUGGAAGCGCUCGUAGACAAGUUCCGUGUCUGGAAGCAGGAAGAGAAGCGUAUAAGAGCUGAGAAAGAAGCUGCACUCGCCGCCCGCACGGAGGAUGAGGACGAGGAAGGUGAGGAGUCAGAAGCCUCAGAAGUCACCAAGGUGAACGGAAAGAUAACACAGACGAACGACCAACAACCGAAACAGCCAGAAUCUCCCAAACCCAAACGUCCGCCACGACCACAUGGCUUCCUUUUACCUUUCGUACCGCCCGAACCCACAAUGCCAUUCUUAUCCUUCUAUGCGAAACCACAUCUACGAGCAGCUGCGUUAGGCAAGCACCGCCAUGGGCGUAAUGCUACAGCCUUUGGGCAGCCCAUACCGGACUUCGAGGAGCAUGAGUUCGAGCUGCCAGACGACUACAUAGAUCCGCAGUUCCUGCGUGACAAUGCGAGACAACGGAGAAGGAGACAGAGGGAAAGACAGUGUGGUACGAAUACACAGUCAACUUAGCCUCGGCUUUCUUUCAUUUCGUACUCUUUUAUACCCUUCCUUAUAAUCCAGCAAAGCAAGAGCUGGAUUACUAGGUAUUAUUGUGGCGUUCUUGGGUUGGAUCCAUCAGCUCAUCUCGGGCUAAAGCGAGGAGCAUAUUGUGCGCUUUCGCUGUGUAGGAUAGACCAAAGCAU